UGCUGACUCAUGAUGAAUGGCAUCGAGUGGGUUAUACGACAAUUUUAUGGUGGGCGUUGCUAAAAGGGACAAACACAGAAAUCUGCAGUCUGUGCCAGAUUUCAGCCUUUUCGUUUCCUCACAGCGAAAUAAACCCGAGCUUCAGCGGUUCGAUGGCAAAUGAAGCAAAGCCCUGUCCGUGUGAUAUCGGGGACAAGAUUGACUAUGGAGGUCUCGGAGAGGAAGUUCAAAUCGAGCACAUUAAAGCUUAUGUGGUGAAGCCUCCAGCAUCAGAGAAGGCCAUUGUUGUAAUUCAAGACAUUUAUGGAUGGCAGCUUCCAAACACCAGAUACAUGGCUGACAUGCUUUCAGCCAAUGGAUACAUUGCUAUAUGUCCAGAUUUCUUUGUUGGAAAAGAGCCGUGGAGCCCAUCUCAUGACUGGUCAACAUUUCAGCAGUGGCUUGAGGACAAAAAGCCUACAGAAAUCAAAAAGGAAGUGGAUGUUGUGUUGAAGUAUCUGAAGGAGCAGUGUGGCGUGAAGCAUAUAGGAGUUGUGGGCUUCUGCUGGGGUGGGGUUGCCACACACUACAUUGCUCUUCAGUAUCAGGAAAUCAAAGCUGGCGUCUCUGUCUAUGGUAUCGUUAGAGAGCGGGAAGACCGGUUUGAUCUCAAGAGCCCAACCCUCUUUAUCUUUGCUGAAAACGAUGCAGUCAUUCCACUUGAUCAGGUGACUACACUAGAGGCAAGACUGAAGGAGAAGUGCACUGCUGACUUCCAAGUGAAAAUCUUCCCAAAACAGACACAUGGGUUUGUCCAUCGCAAGAGAGAAGACAUUAACCCAGAUGAUAAAUCUUAUAUAGAGGAGGCCAGGAGAGAUAUGAUCAACUGGUUGAAUAAGUACAUGUAAACUGCAAUGGGUUAAAACAUCUGAGGUGAAGGUUAAACAUUCUCUAAUGGCAAAGUCUGGUGGUAAAAUCAAUCACUGUAUUGACAUUUCCUUCAAAUACACUUAAACUUUUGCA